UUUAUUUGUUUUGCGUCCGCGUGCGGGUAGGUUUUCGGCCAAUUUGUGUCAAAAACAAACACAACCUUUUUUUUGUUCGUCAGUAGAAAAUCCGUAUUUUCCGGGUUUUUCCAGCCGUGUUUUUGUGUAUUCUUAUACUCAAAUCUAUUUUGCGCUUUAAAUAACAAGUACGCUCCUUAUUUAAAGCGUUUAAGCGAUCUUGACUUCGAUACAUGUGACAGCAGAAAUGGCCAGUAUAAAUGUGCCGGCGAGCGAGAUCGUUUGUGUUUCACUUUUCAAAGAUAAAAGGAUCGUUCUGGCUCCAUAUGCCUUUCCGCUCGCCGGCACAGAAACUUUUUCUCAGAUCCUAGAGAGCCUUUACGUAGCCAGCAUAAGAGACACGUUAAAUACAAGAUUCAAUGAACCUAUCACCAUAGGGGAUAAAACUCUGAUAAAAUGUUAUGUUUCAUCUAGCUCUAACGGGGAAAAAAUUGAAAUGAAUACAUCUCUCAAGGCUAUAGAUGCUGUUAAAUUGUUUGGUGCAUAUGUAAGCUUUGAGCUGACUGACAAAUUUUGUGAAAAAACUAAUUCAAAUCAACAAAAGAGUGCCUUUGAUGUGCUUAUGUCUUCAAAAACACCUAUUAGAUACCCGUUAAAAUUUGGAUCAAACCCCGAAGAAUGCAAACGAGGCGACUUCAGGCUUCGGAAUGACUUCAUCGACAAAAUUUUGAAGGACAACGAUAUAGGAUUUCCAGAUGGUUUGGAAAACACAGUGGGUAAAGCAAUUGUAGAUAGAACUUGUAAUUUGUUAUAUUAUGUUUUACCACAUUUACAGAAGAUGUGCGCCAGGUGUUCUGAUUUUCCAGCACUUUUCACUCCUUUGUUAAAAAAUGAAAACACUUUUGAACAGGACUAUAAUGUCCCUGAAAAACAUAAGAAUAUUGCCAGGAUUGAUAGCAAAACUUUGGAUCUUAAGCUGCAGGCAAUGUAUAGCAUAAAAUUGAACUAUUCAACAACAUUGAACCACCCUCGAAUGGAAAAAUUUCACGCUGCAAUGACUUCAUUUAUAAACAUAUGCCAAACUUAUAUUGACAAUCUACUAAAAACUAACGAACGACAAAAAAUGAUCCAUCAAAGUCUGCAACCGGUACGGUCCGUCACUGACGGAAAGUCUUCCGAAGUAAGGCCAAUUAAGGGAGCUGUUAGAAGUGUAGAUGUUGUUGAACGAUACAAACAAAUUGAAAUAAAAUUAACUGAAACAUGUGAAAGCUAUGAACCAAUUUUCUUAAAUGACUUUUUUACAAAUAUGGAUAGAAAGCAACGGUACUAUUUUAUAAAUGAUAUUCAGUUUCCGUUUGACAUUGAAGUUUUCGCCUAUCAUCCUGGAAGUAGACAAUGUAGUUUGUGGUUUUGCUGGAAAUCUGAUGGAACUGAUCCACAUAAGACAAAUUGCGUCAUUCAUAAAAUUGAGAAUGAUGAUAAUAUUCCGGUUUAUCACACAAGGGCAAUGCGAAAAGAGUUUUUUGACAAGUUUUCAUUAAUCACAAAACUUAGCCCAUCAGUUAUGACUGCAUUGUACCAGUUUUUGACAAAUGACCAAAGUGAAAUGCCAAACAAAAUAAGUAAAGAAGUUCAAGCUAGGUUGAAGCUCUUAGUUCAAACUCAAGAUCCAGAUAUUGUGUAUGAUUUGCGUGAGAACAAUAAAGGUAGACCUGAAAAGUUUAAUGAAUUUUGGAAUGAAGUUGACAGUUACCUCAACGAGCAAGAAGCAAAAGCUGUAGAUGAUAGAAGACAUGGGACAAUAUGUCAUUUAAGUGUUGCAAUGUCAGUGCCUGACUUAAGGGAGAUAAUAAAGUCUCGACUUGCAGUUGAUCAUGUUGAUAAUGCAAUACCAUCAGUAAAGUGGUUAUAUUUACAGUUCAUGCCAAGAAACCCAUAUUUAAAAACAGCAUUUCAUUAUACUGGCAGGUUUAAUCUGAAGUUAAAAGUACAAACAAGACAGUACAGCUUGUUUCAUGUAGAUGCACAUUAUGCUGCCGCUGUUUUCAGAUAUAUGAAGGAGUUCUGCAUCAUGUUUCGAGAAAACACAUGCUUAAUGUGUGUUGAUGAUAAGGCCAACAUUCCUGUUGGGGAGCCAGGCAUCCCGCUCGCAUCAGUUGCUAGAGGCAAAAGAACUGUGGUACAGGAAAACAUUCCAUUAAUGGUUGCAGAUCAUGACACUAACACGAAAUGUAAAAUAACACCAUCGACCAUUCUAAUCCCAGAAAUACCAGAGUCGAUUGAAAAAGGUUCAUUUUAUAGGGGAACAGUUUGUACAAUUUUGAAAGACUGCAUUUUUCAGCCUUCAACACCACUGAGACACUCUGCUGAAAUGAGAAAAAUUGUAGCCACUACAGGUAAUUUCACAAAACCAAUCCGUGUCAUCUACUCAGAUGGUGGACCAGAUCAUCGGGUCACCUACCCAUCUGUACAGUUAGCUCUCAUUGCUCAAUUUCUGAUAGAUGACCUUGAUGUAUUACUUGCCGGACGUUGCUGCCCAUCGAAGUCUUAUACAAAUCCAGCUGAAAGAUGGCACUCUGUAAUGAAUCUGGCUUUACAAAGUGUUGCACUAGAACGCAGUGAGAUGAAUCCAGAAUUUGAGAGAAUUAUGAGCCGAUGCGAUAGUAUGAAAGCUAUAAGAGAAAACGCUGAAAAGGUACUUGGUUUUUCAGAUGCUGUGAUGGAAAGCAUGAGUCAAGUAAAACAAACUUUGCAGGAUUUAUUUGGAAGGCUUUCUCUAAAAGGAAAGCAAUGCAUUGUCCAGGAAGCAGCUGAUGGGGAUCUUAUUGAUGAGAUGUGGGAUACACUUUUGACUGUUGAUGAUUCUAUAUCUAGAGAGAAUACAACAGCUAAGUCACUAACAGGGAAAAACCAGUUACAAAGAUUUUUGCAGCACUGCACAAGGAGACGCCAUUACUUUUUCAUGAUCAAGAAAUGUGGCAGGUUUGAUUGCGACAUUUGCAGACCCAUCCGACUACCUGCAGACAUCCAUUUCUUACCAGAUCCAGUACCUUCUGAUGCUGAUGCGGACCACUAUAAGUCUUUUGCAGACUGCUAUGGACAAGAGACUGAUGAGAAAUUUAGACCUAGUUUACAAACCAAGAAAGUGUCAAUUGCGUCCACAGCUAAAGAUCUUGGUAUACGAAUUUGUGGUGAAACAGUUCGGGCAGUCAUACACUGUGAAGAAUGUAACAAGCCAAGGUGCAUCUAUUCAAAUAAAAAGUUGACAGAUGACCAACUGGAAAGCAUAAAAAUUAUAGAAGAGGAAUGUGAAUUUGUUUGUGGCGAGAAGUUCCCAGAGAUGAAUGAUUUGGACAAGGUGUGCUUUAUCCUCCCAGACAUAACAUGUUCCACUGAGAUCUCAGCUCAUUAUUACAGUUCCAGGGUUAAGUUUAGAACUAUUUGCUAUGUUUGUGGAUCAGAAGAAGUUUGUCCGAUAGACGAGGAAGAUACAGCUAAUUUCCAAUCUGUGCAUCCUAUCUGUAAUGUUUGUAAAACAGCUGGACAUCAAGAGAGAAAGCGCGGAGAGGUCAAAAGGAGGGGAGAGAAGAGAAAGAAAAAGAGUUCAUAGACGAAACAAUUUUGAUUUCAUAUGACAUUUUGAUUGCAUUUUUAGUCUACUUACAAAUUAAUGUGACACUGUGACAGAUAAUCUAUUAAGUGUUGAAGUUCAUUUUUGACAUGAUAUUAAAUUACAACUGGAAAGUUGAAAUUUUGAAUUAUAGUAUCAAUAUUAUUAGAAUUUUGUUUUGACAUCUUAGAAAAA